CGGCGGCGGCGGUGGCCGGCGCCGGAGCAGCACCCGAGGCGAAGUUGGAUGCGGAGGAGGCCCAGCCGGCAAAGGAAAGACAAGACCCAACAGUGGAAAAGAGCAAAGACAAGGUUGAAGGACUUGAAUGUGGCAAAGCAGGAACAAUGGACCUCAAGUUCAACAACUCCAGGAAAUAUGUCUCCAUCACUGUGCCCUCCAAAACCCAGACAAUGUCACCACACAUCAAGUCAGUUGAUGACAUUGUGGUGCUGGGCAUAAACCUCAGCAAGUUUAACAAGCUCACACAGUUUUUCAUAUGUGUUGCUGGAGUUUUUGUAUUUUACCUAAUUUAUGGAUACUUACAGGAGUUGAUCUUUUCAAUGGAGGGCUUUAAGCCUUACGGCUGGUACCUUACAUUAGUACAGUUUGCAUUUUACUCCAUAUUUGGCCUAAUAGAACUUCAGCUCAUUCAGGACAAAAGGAGAAGAAUACCAGGAAAAACCUACAUGAUAAUAGCUUUUCUAACUGUGGGUACUAUGGGCUUAUCAAACACUUCCUUGGGCUACCUGAAUUACCCCACCCAAGUCAUCUUCAAGUGCUGCAAACUGAUUCCUGUUAUGCUAGGAGGAGUUUUUAUUCAAGGAAAGCGGUACAACUUUGCAGAUGUGUCUGCUGCAGUGUGCAUGAGUCUUGGCCUGAUAUGGUUUACCCUGGCUGACAGCACAAUUGCACCAAACUUUAAUCUGACAGGUGUGAUGCUUAUCUCCCUGGCGCUGUGUGCAGACGCUGUCAUUGGGAACGUUCAGGAGAAAGCGAUGAAGCUGCACAACGCUUCCAACUCUGAGAUGGUGCUGUAUUCAUAUUCGAUCGGCUUUGUGUACAUUUUGUUGGGGCUGUCAUGCACUAGUGGACUGGGCCCUGCCGUGGCAUUUUGUUCAAAGAACCCUAUUCGAACCUAUGGCUACGCCUUCCUGUUUUCCCUUACUGGAUACUUUGGAAUCUCCUUUGUUCUGGCCCUGAUUAAAAUCUUCGGUGCUCUUCUCGCUGUCACAGUGACAACAGGAAGAAAAGCAAUGACCAUAGUCCUUUCAUUUAUAUUCUUUGCUAAACCAUUCACGUUUCAGUAUGUGUGGUCUGGCUUGUUGGUUGUCCUUGGCAUAUUUCUCAAUGUUUAUAGCAAAAAUAUGGAUAAAAUAAGACUGCCAUCCGUGUACAAUCUGAUGAACAAAACCAUGGACAUGAAAAAGUCAAGGACGUUUGCACAGACUGUGUAAGCACUGUGUUAGCCUACAUAAGCUACACCUCUAAGGGACCAAUCAUUAACUGACUUCCCAAAGGCUUGUGAUAAAAACCAAAGGCUUUGAAAGCUGCUCUCUUGACAAGCAGAUUCUGUAGCAUCAGCCUCUGCAGAACACACACUUUCGACCAACUCCGAAACGACCGAGAGCCCACACGUAGGACAUGUUGCAAUAAAGACAGUAUGAAGGGAAGUGCUGCAUAGCAGUGUCCUGAACAUUUCACUGGAAACAGGCCAUGUUGCAAGACUGACUGGAAAUCCUUCCAACCCACAGCACGGUGCUCUGUAGUAGCACGCUGUUUCAACUAAAUUCCAUGUUGGUGGUGUUAUUUAAAUUGUUUCUCUGUUAUAAGAGUGAACUAAUGAUUUAAAGGUUAGAGAAAAUAGCAUUCAUUUAUAAUAAAUAAAAUUAUCCUGUGAUUUUUUUUUAAAUGAUGUUUAAUAAAAUUUGUUAUUGAA